AUGAGUUUGAGAUUACUUAGCAGCAUGUCGACUGGAAGAAGUUAUCAGGAUGCGAUCAGAUGUCUGAAUGGGUUGCAGUCUAACUAUGCUAGUAUUAUGGCAGCUAGGACAUCUGGAAAGCGUAAGAAUGUGGAGAGUCUGGUUGAGAUGCGGAGGUGGUCAAAACAACUUGGUUAUGAUGUUGAAAGUUUUAAUGAUUUGAAUAUAAUUCACAUUACGGGGACCAAGGGGAAGGGGUCUACGGCUGCGUUUACGCAGUCAAUUCUGUUAGAGUAUGAGGAUAAGAUAGGGAAGGUUGGGUUGUUCACUUCGCCACACCUGAGGACUGUUAGAGAGAGGAUUGCGAUCAAUGGGAGACCAAUUUCGGAGGAGAAGUUUGCUAAAUUCUUUUUUGAGGUGUGGGACCGAUUGGAUGGUACGAGCGUUGAACAGGAGCAGUGUGGGAACGUCAAACCUGGGUAUUUUAAGUUUUUGACGUUAUUAUCUUUUCAUGUUUUUAUGCAAGAACGAUGCAAUGUGUGUGUUUAUGAGGUGGGGAUUGGUGGUGCGUAUGACAGUACCAAUAUUGUUGAGAAACCGGUUGCUUGUGGGGUAUCGAUAUUAGGUAUCGAUCAUACUAAAGUGUUAGGUGAUAGAAUUGAGGAUAUUGCAUGGAAUAAAGGUGGGAUUUUCAAGACUGCUGCGCCUGCAUUUACCAUUGAAAAGCAGCCCCCAGAGGGAUUUCAAGUGUUGAAGGAUCGUGCUGCUGAGAGACACACAUCAUUACAAGUUGUUCCUAAUUUAAACAAGUUGAAAGAUUUUCAAUUAGGUAUUGCUGGCGAAUUCCAGGUUACAAAUGCUUCGCUAGCUGUCGCUCUGUCCAAUGAGUGUCUAAAGAAAUUUAAUAUCCAUUCUGGUUUGACAAAUUUGAGGGCAGAUAGCGAAUUGCCAGAUAAGUUUGUAAAGGGAUUAAAAUCCGCAAAAUGGGAAGGCCGUUGCCAAACAGUCAGAGAUGGAAAUGUCACCUGGUAUAUUGAUGGAGCACAUACAAAAGAAAGUAUCGUCGCAUCUUCUAAUUGGUUCAAGACUACUGUUGUCAAUUCACCAAAUAAAAAGAUUUUGUUGUUUAACCAACAAACGCGGGACGCAAAGGUUCUUCUUACCUAUCUAUUUAACACGUUAGGUUCUGAUAUAAAACUAUCUCAAGCUAUCUUUACUACUAAUAUCACCUGGAAAUCGGGUUCAUUUAGUCCCGAUUUGGUUUCCAUGAACACUGAUCAAAAUUUUAUAGAUGAAUUAGUAGCCCAAAAGGCUCUUUUUACUGCAUGGAACAAUUUGACUGGAGAUUUAGAUUCAGAACGGGCUAUUGUUUCCAAAAAUAUAGAAUCUGCUGUAGAAAUCAUUAGAUCUAUCAGUCAACCCGUUGAUGUCUUUGUCACUGGAUCUUUGCACUUAGUUGGCGGUUUGUUGGUGGUUCUUGAUGGGAAAUAA